CGGUGUGCAAACAUCGUCACUGGGGAGAUAAAGGCGGCCGAGCGUGGUGUUGGCCACCCACCCCCUCGUGUGCCGUGCCGGCCUUGAUAGGUGCUCGCGAACAGCACUUGCCCCAGCAGUCUGUCAAAGCCACGAGGGGGAUCUUUAUCUUUGGGGUUAGCCCAAGAGGGCGUUCCACAGAAUGACGGUCGAAUCGCGUUGCAUCCUCCUCCUUCCUCCUCCUCCGCCAUCCCUGUCCCCUCCUCACCCCCCCCCUCCCUCGCUCUCUCGGACACGGGAGAGGUGCAGACGCUUCUCUCGGCUCUGCCCUCCUCGCCUGCUGUUGCCGAUGCCGCUGCCGCCGACGACGCUGCGAUAGCUGCCUGACGCGGAGUCGUACAGAAAGUCACCGACACCCGCCCGGCUUCCCUGACGAUGCCACCGUCCGAGCAGAAUCGGCCCGCCUCACCCUCCUCACCCCUGUCGCGCUUCGGCAUCUGUUAACGGGAGCAGAGGAACGGAAAGGAGACGUUGCACCACCACCAACAACAACCAACGGAACAACCACCACGACCGACAACAACAACCACUGUCACACGGAGACGGCCACAACUGCCACCAUCACCAACAAUAUUAACACACAACCACUAGUAACAACAAUAGCCACCAUCACCACCAACAACCACCAUCACCUACGGAAUAUCCAUCACCACCACUACCACCAAAAAUAAUCAACACCAACGAAAGCAAACAAGCAACAACCACCACCACCAUCAACGAAGCAACAACCACCACCACCGCCACCACCAAAACAAAUUCUCAGCACUACAAGUGCAAGAAUAAGCAAGGAAAGAACCACAACCACCACCAACUGAACAACCACAACCUACCUCCACCAGCAGAGACAACAACAACAGCCACCACCACCCAAGGAAAGGAGCCCACAACCGCAUCCACAGCCCCCGUCUGUCCUCUCUCCCCGCGCGCGCGCGCGAGCGAGCCGGCGAGCCAGCAGCCAUGGGCGUCCUGGGACGUAGCGCUCAGGCUCACCAAGGCUCGUCCAGGGGCGGGGGAGCCGUGCCCGCUGCUGCCAUGCUGCUGCCCCUGGUGCUGGCCCUGGCACUGCCCCUGCCGGGCCCCGGCUGGGCCCAGAACGAGACGGAGCCGAUCGUGCUCGAGGGCAAGUGCCUCGUGGUGUGCGACUCCAACCCCACGGCGGACCCGGCAAGCGGCGCCUCCUCGCUGGGGUUCACGGUGCGCUCGGGCACCGCCAAAGUGGCGUUCUCCGUGGUGCGGAGCACCAACCACGAGCCAUCCGAGAUGAGCAACCGCUCCAUGAUCAUCUACUUUGAUCAGACGCUGGUGAACGUGGGAAACAACUUCGACGUGGAAUCGAGCACCUUCAUCGCUCCUCGCAAGGGCGUCUACAGCUUCAGUUUCCACGUGGUCAAGGUGUACAACAGACAGACCAUUCAGGUGAGCCUGAUGCUCAACAGCUGGGCCGUGAUCUCCGCCUUCGCGGGCGACCAGGACGUGACGCGAGAAGCGGCCAGCAACGGGGUGCUGCUGCUCAUGGAGAAGGGGGACCGCGUGAACCUCAAGCUGGAGCGUGGGAACCUCAUGGGCGGGUGGAAGUACUCCACCUUCUCGGGAUUCAUGGUGUUCCCCUUCUAAUCGACAGGAGGUCGCUUCACUACUCGACCCCGCCCCUGGAGAGGUCGCUCACCACUCGAUCGCCCCUUCUACCCUCAACACCACCACUGCCCACCCCCACCAUUACCCCACUCGUCGCCUCCUCGUCCUUCUCGUCUUUCACCAUACUUCACCAUCAUCUGCUAGUUACGACCGCCACCCUCCUACCGCCUCCUCUUCUUUACCCAACACACCUCAAACCCCACCUGACCCGAGCCCUGCGCGUGGGAGCUCCGAAGGCAGAGGGGGUGGUGGAGGGG